CAGUCCCCGCUCAGCACCGAGAGCCUCCCAGUGGCUCCCUCGUCGUCCCCCACCCCAGCGGGCCUCCCAGACUUCUUGGGGAGACCAGAGAGGCUGGGAUUUCCCUAGGACCUGCCCGGCCCAGCACCCGCCCAGCACCUGGCAGGGGAGGGAGCUGGGGAGCUGACAGGAGAGAAAAUUCCCCUGGAACCGGUUUCUCUGCUCCCUGGCCCAGCUGGGGCACCCACCCCGGGGAGAGGCCAAGGCCAAAGACCCGGGCCACCAUGGCCUCAGCCCUAAGCCCACCCCGGGUCCCCAAACCCAAAGGCGCUCUACCUUCACACUACCACGAGAACUUUCUGGAGAAGAAGGGACCCUGUGAUCGGGAUUACAAGAAAUUCUGGGCAGGCCUCCAGGGUUGCACUCUCUAUUUCUAUAAUAGCAAUCGGGACUCCCAGCACGUGGAGAAGUUAGACCUAACGGCACUUGUGAAGCUCACAGAUGACCCACCCUGGGGAAGCUCCCGAGACCCAGGUACCCAUUUCAGCCUGGUCCUCCGGAACCAGGAGAUCAAGUUCAAGGUAGAGAGCCUGGAGUCUCGGGAGAUGUGGAAAGGCUUCAUCCUGACGGUGGUGGAGCUCCGCAUCCCGUCCAACCUGACCCUGCUGCCCGGACACCUGUACAUGAUGGCCGAGGCCCUGGCCAAAGAGGAGGCGCGCCGCGCGCUCGAGGUGCCCUCCUGCUUCCUGAAGGUGAGCCGGCUGGAGGCGCAGCUGCUCCUGGAGCGCUACCCCGAGUGCGGAAACCUGCUGCUGCGGCCCAGCGGGGACGGAACGGGCGGCGUGUCGGUCACCACCCGCCAGACGCUCAAUGGGUCGUCGGUGGUCCGGCACUACAAGGUGAAGCACGAGGGCUCCAAGUAUGUGAUCGACGUGGAGGAGCCGUUCUCCUGCGACUCACUCGACGCAGUGGUCAACUAUUUCGUGUCGCGCACCAAGAAAUCGCUGGUGCCCUUCCUGCCAGACGAGGACUAUGAGAAGGUGCUAGGCUACGUGGAGGCGGAUAACGAGAACGGCGAGAGUGUGUGGGUGGCACGCGAGGCCCCCGCGCCCCGAGCCCCAGGUCCCGCGCCCCCCUCGGGUGGCCCCAGGCAGCUGCCUCCCGUGCCCGUCACACCUGUGUCGAGCCAGAACAAGCUGACCCCACUCCCGAACGAGGACGAGAACUACGUGAUCCCCAUCGCACACACCCCAGCCGCCACCUACGUGAACGGGGACGUGCCUUCCCCUAGUCGGCCAGUCAUCCGGAAGCCCAAGAAUGUGGCAAAGGUUCAGGCAAAGCCUCCAAAGCUACCAAAGCCACCCGUUGUGCCCAAGCCAGAGCCCCAAGGCCUCCACGGCGGCCUGGCCAAGAAACCGGCGGUCAACUCAGCGCAGGCUUUCUUCCCCACGACAGGCCUGGCGGAUUUGACCGCCGAGCUGGAAGAGAAACUGCGGAGGAGACGGGCGCUGGAGCACUCGGCCGGCCACCCUGGGGACCUGUGAGCCAGAGAGGCGGACCCCUCCUCCCAGAAUAAAAGCUCAAGUGAC